CCGAGCGAGGUUGAGGCUGCAAGCAGUUACCUGUCCACCGUGAAAUCGACACCAGCCAUUGUCGCCGUGCUGCUGGAGCUCCUGGCGCUGCCCGCAGACCAGCGCGACGACACCACCCUCAUGCUGGCCGCUCAGGGCGCAGUGGCUCAUCUUCGUGCGCGCCUUCUUCCGGAAGACGUGGACCAGUCCACAUUCAUCCAAUACAUCACCGCAGCCCUCAUGCAGUACAAGAGCGUCAAGCCGUUGCGAAACCAGUUCACCCUCAUCAUGUGCGUGUAUGUGCUACGGCAUCACCACCCCGUCAUACGGCACCCAAGACAACGGCCGCCACACGCGGGCCUCCCGUACACUGCGCCGCAUGCCCACACAACCGACACCGCUCCUGUUGGAAGCGGCGACACCUCGGCUCCUGCGAGCGGCGCCAGCAUCGGCACUGACGCCAGCGGAGAUGACCAGUCCACGGGGGUCAUGGCUGCACUAUCUGAGCUGCGGGACCACAUCCUAGCACAAGACCCCAGCGCAGAGUGGCUGUGGAUGCACAUCGUGUCUCUCAUCCCGGAAGAAGUGGACAGGAAAGAGUUCAAGCUUGCUACCGCCGAGCGCAACGCCCUGCACCAGAUCCUGCGCGAGCAUGCGGGCAUGAUCAUCACGCACGGUAUGGACAGGAUGGACAGCCGCGAGAACCCCUCCCUCUUCCAGGCGUGCGUGCGCGUGUGCAACGCCUGGUGCGCCAGCGGCUUUGUCACGUUUGCGGACAUGAAGCCCGUGAUUGCCAGCCUCAUCUCGUGGCUGCAGCACACGGCGGCAGAGGCGGUUCAAGCCGGCACCGACGUGUACCUGGACGAGGAUGUCAUGUUCACGCGCGUCACAGAGCUGCUCAUGACGUGCACGGAGACAUUCACGACGGGGGAGGCGACGGCGUUUAUGGGCGACCAAGUGCUCAUCAUUGCUGAUGGCUGCCACCACUACCUCUCCCUCGCUCGCCUCGUGCGCUCCUUUGUCUGCUGCGCCAAAGCACACCUCUUCACAGACCUGCAGACAGAACAGUGGCAGCUGUUGUUGGAGCACUCGAUCGCGUGCACGAGCAGCGCAAAUCCGCGCAUUGCAGACGAAAUGGUUCUUCUCUGGAGCACGCUUCCAGAAACACUCAAGUCCCACCCCAUGACGCAAGCUGCAGUCCUGCCGUACUUGAAGCGCGCCCUGGAGGCCGUCGUGUUUCAGGGGCAGCUGCCCCAGGCCGUCACUGCCGACGGCGACGAGUGGGACCGCAUCACCACACUGCGCGAGAGCGUGCGCGCGUGUCUGCGCAACAUGUUGUACGACAUCCCCGGUCUUGGUCCAUGGUUUGUCAACGCCGUCACUACCGCGCUUCGCGACGCCCUACGAACCGUAACGGAGGACACGUGGCCCCAGGCAGAGGCGCUCAUCCACGGCACGAGCGCUGUUGCCCGCAGGCUGUUCGAUGCUCUCGAUGCAGACACGGAGGAGGGGGCGUGCCAGCGCGCGUUUGUGGAGCUGUGUUGCCAGGUGCCGGAGCACCCUGCCAUGCUGUGCACGGUUGCGCUGCUGUUUGGUGUCAUCACAACGAUGCUGCCUGGCGCGCUGCUGCCCAUGGUUCGCCACACGGUCAUGAAGGGCCUCUCGUUCUCGGAGGAGGCCGAUGUGUUUCCAAUGCGCAUCUACGAGGACCACGUCAGCGUCGUCGCACUCAUCAAGCUGGCCCGCGUCCUCCCCGACCCCGCCUUCUUCUCCGAGCUGUGGCAGGCAUACCAGUCGCCCCAGGUCCAACAGAGCCUGACGGUGCGCAGUUUCAACCUGUUGUUGGAGGCCAUCUGUGAAACCCUGUGCCAUCCAGAGGUUGCACAGGACCAGGCUGCUGUGGCCGAGUUUCUGAACGCGUUUUUCAACGAAACGGCUCGCGUGGUUGCGUCAAAUGCAAUUGGGGAGGACCUGGAUAACGCGUUUGCGCGCAUUCAGGUCAUCUCCAGAACCAUCCGCAAGGAGCCGAGCUCGGCGUGCCUGCAUGCGACAUGGAUGGCACACCUGGACGCCAGCACGGAAGGGACGCUGCUCAAGUCGUGCCUUACUGCAGCCAUCGCCACGUCACAACAACACCAGCACCAGCACCAGCACCAGCACCAGCAACAUCAUGGUAGUGUCACUCCACCGGCCCUCGUCCACCCGCGAACAGCGUCUCUGUCGAGAACACAGCGCCACUCGCGCUCAGCGUCACCGCACCACCACCCGUCGUCCCGCUCGCAAUCCCCGCACGCGGCACAGCCACCGCUACCAUCGUCAUCGUCGCUGUCACCGUCAACAUCAGCGCUUGCACCAGCAACAGCAGCAGUCACCUCGGCGACUAGCACAACUGGCGCCGCCACCAGCAACACCACGGCUGCUGUCACGGGCACGCCAACGGCAGCAUCCACGCCCGGGUCAACAUCAACGACGCCAACGCGCCCCACGCUUGCACCGCGCUCCCAAUCGGAUGUGCCGGUAAUAGGCGAUGGGCGAGCGACGUGGCUGCCUGCACCCCAGUGCAUCAGCGGUCUGUGCGAGUGCAUGGAGGUGGUGCUGACAAACCUUGCCGUGUACUCUGAUCAGCUUGGACAGCAGGUGCUUGCUGCUGUUGGCUCGUGGCAGCCCGUGUUCACGUCUCCGCACGACCCAAAGGUGUUGGAAAUGGUCACCAUGCGUUCCAGCGAAUGUGCGGCCAUUGUUCCCGUGCUCGUAUCCGCACUGCGCAUGCACGCAGCCUAUUCCCAGGACGAGGCCUGUUUCCAGUCCUUCUGCGACCUCGUGUCGUGCUGCUGCACAAUGCGACCAGACGCUGUUGCGCAAUCAGGCGCGCUCCCGGACAUUCUGUCCACAUAUCUCCACGCGCCCAUUGCGGAGAUUGCGGCGAGAAACCGCGCCCCCUUCACGGACAAACCGCUCGUGUCGUCGCUGUGUCGCAUGGCGGGUGUCGUGCUCACGGCGCAGACCGCGCCACAGCGGCUGCUGCUUGCGGAUGUGUAUGGCGAGGGGGAAGCGAGCGAGGGGGAGGCCGGCCGCGUCCUCAACACGCUGCUGCUGGCCGUAUGUGGCGGUCUCCCCUCCUGGGCACUGGACGACAUCAUGCAGGCAAUUCGCACCAUCAUGGAGUGUCUGAGUGCGGACGUAACGUCACAGCUGCUGUAUGGCGCCAUGUGCCAGCCCACCUUUGCUCGCCCCGAUGUGAGCGACAAGGCCAAGCUCAUCUUCCUCGAAGACUUCCAGCGUCUCGGCGCCACGAGUGAUUGGAAGCGCCUGAAGAACGCUGUGAAGAAAUUUUGCGGCGGAAAGAAGAAGAACACGUCGGGGACACCUGCCAUCGGUGGUGGCAGUGGCGGUGGCAGUGGUGGCCGCGUUCGGACGCGCUCUGCACCCACCAUCUGA